AACAAAGCCCUCGUUUACCCGUUCAUCGCAUUCAAUCAUCAGCACAUGUCUCGUCCAUCAUCGCUUGCUGACUGCGCAGUAGCCCGGCUGUUGUUGUGCCGUUCCAUGUGACAGUCGCCCAGUGCGUGUGCCGUGUGUGAAAGACUCUGCUAUCUGUAUAUCCACUCCACUGUGCAAGGACCGCGGUGGAACGCCUUUUCUUCUCGCGUCUGGCCAACUGAAAGGAAUGCCCUUUAACUGUAGUCGCGAUUGUGUGGGUAUUCGGUACCGCAUCAACUCGCUGCACCAAACCUGGAAGUGGCUGCACCAGACCAUUGCCCUUCACGAGUACCUCAUCUCGAUGAGCGCAGAAGAUACGAACGCCAUCGAGCGCCACCACGACCACCACCACAAAACCAUUGCCAUCCCGCAGCAGCAGCUGAUCGCCGUUUGUUAGGCAACGUAUCGAGAGUGUGUGCAUUUGUUCAGUGAAGACCACGAGGCCGUCUCGCCUGCCCCGACGAACGUGUGUCGCGUGUGUCGUGUGUUCCCUGCUGUGUGGUUUUACAAAAAUAGAUACUGUUGUCCGCACACACCCGGGUUACGGGGU